CGUCCCCAGUGACCUCGGCAGCCGGCACCCCCACGACAACCUCCUCGCUCUCUCUCCUCUCUCUCUCCUCGCCUGUCUCCGUCUCUCUGUGUCUGCCCGUGCCAUGGAGUCCCUCCACGCGGACGAGUCGGCCCCACGGGAGGAGGCGGCCUUGCCCCGCACCUGGUUCCAUCCCGGCACCGCGAGCGACGACGCGGGCCCCGGCUGGGCUGCGCAGACUGCCGCGGGGCUGCGAGACGCGGCGGUCGCCAUGGAGGAGUGGAGCCUCCACAACCAGACGAGGCACGCCGAGACGCGCACCGCCGUGGAGCUGCCUGCGUGCGCGCGCACGGCCGCGAGCGCGCGAGUGGCGGAGGAGCGCGCGGGCGCGCACGCGCGCUACGCGCAGAGCACACGGCGCAUCGGGGAGCGCCUGGCGCACGUGCACGCGUGGAGGAGCGAACUGGAGCGCGAGAUCCAUGAGGUGACGUCGGAGACGGAGCUGCUGGUGGAACAGAAGCGGCGCCUGGAACGAGCUCUGGACGCCACGGAGAUGCCCCUCGCGCUCUGCACGGACAACCUCCGCGCCCGCGAGCGCCGCCCGGGCCCCGAGCUCGUCCACGACGGGCCGCACGAGCAGCUCCUGCAGGAGGUGGAACUCAUCUCCAGCGUGCAGGCACUGCUUAGGCGAACCCUGGACAAAGCCAUAGAGCAGAUACGCUUGAACCGCGACGCGAAGCAGGAGCUGGAGGCGGAUUGGUCGGACAAGCACGAGGCUUACGCGGCGGACGUCACGUGCGGGCACCUCAACAACCAAUCGGCAGGCGCCGCGCGGCACGCGCACGCUGCCAGCGCGCACGAGAAGACAUUGACGGUGAGCGGCUGGGAGCAGCGUGCGCGCGCCAACGUGGAGCGUGCGCAGCGCGAGCGCUCCGUGUCGGCGCGGCUGCGCGAGGUCGCGGGCCUCCUGCUGAGCGACGCGGCGCGCGACCUGCGCGACCGCAACGAGGGCGUGGGGCGGGCGCUCGAGCAGCGCGCCCGGGAGGUCAACGAGGUCAAGGUGGACCUCGAGCACCAGCUGAGCAAGGUCCUGGAGGAGACGUCGGCCCAGGAGAAGAAUGCGAAGGAGCUGGCGUCGGCCCUGCGUGACCUGGAGGCCCCACGCAGGGUGACCGAGACGCGUCUGCGCCUGCGUGGGACGCGGCCCUCCUCCGAGCUCUGCCACGACCCUGCGCACGAGAGCCUCCUGGAGGAGCUGGGGGAGCAGCACGCGCGCGCGGAGUCACUGCGGGGCGCGCUCGGGGAAGCGGAGGCGGCGCUGGACGCCCUGGGGGCGGCGAGGGCGCAGCUGCAGCACGAGCUGGCCAACAAGGCGGCCAGCAUCGCCACGGAGCGCCAGCGCUGCAUCCCGCCCCGGGCCGGCUUCCCUAGCGCCGUGCGCCUCUCCGGCUACUGAGGAGCCCCGUCCUGCUCCUCCUCGUGUCAGGGUCGCGCGAGGUCAGUCGCUGGUGGAAGCGAAUUGGGAGCGGUGGGUGGGUGAGUGGUGCAAGGCCGUAAUUAUAAGAAAUAUCACGGGGGGUACACAUCCCUAAUCUCUGCGAUUACAUACAAUGAAACAGGAAAAGGUAAAAAAGAAAACAACAGAGCAAUGUAAUACAAUACACUAUUAGAUAUUAUUGUUAAAAAUAAAUAAAAAGUCAAUCCCAUGUGUUUGUGAAUUUUAAAAUGUUUUAGGCAGGAAAUGGCAGGAGAUUCAUUUUCAAAUUUAGAUUUUUUUUUCUGGGGGGGGGGACCCCCAGACCCCCUGGAAUAUUUGGUCUCCCCCUAUGUUGACUCCAUGGCUACGGCCUUGGAGUGGUGAAUGGGUCCUUUGACAUGCAUAUGGAACUUCUUUCGCAACCGUGUGUUAGACAGCCGUGGUCAUUGGAGGUGCGGGGGAAGGACAACAAACCAAAAACAAAACGGCGAGGCAAUAAUCAUCAACUGAAGUAGGAUUCUCUACGCUCGUGAUGCAAGCAUACGCCAUGGAUGUCAGCAUCAUUGGCUGUAUUCACGAGGCGGAUUGAGACGAUAUGAAUGAGAUUAAAAAGAAUACAUGUGCUUAUCAAA